UUUUAUGUUCAGUUAUUUCCAAUAUUGUUCAAGGAAAGAUAAAUAAGGAGACACAGAGGAAGAGGUGAGAGGAGAAGAAUCUGCAGAGAGGUUGAGAGGAAACAAACAGCGGAGGCACAGACUGAGAGAAGAAAACACAGAGAAACGGGGAAAAGGGAGACAAACUUCCUGAAUUACAUCAAAUUUCUUUUCCCCAUUUGAGAGAUUGAACAGAGAUUCAAUUUGUGUUGAGAAGAUCGGUGUUCUACAAAAUAUGUAUUUGAUUAUCUUCUCCAAUCUCAGUGAGAGUUUCUGACGAGUAGGUUGAGAUUUAGAAGGGAUUCCUGUUAAGAAAUCAUUAACAGUAGCAGAUCUUUGAGAGAGAUGGAUGCAGAAGAGAAGAACCAGAGAGCAUGUAGAGCGAUAGAGGCGGAUUUUUUGUUGCAGUGGGGGAACAAGAAAAGGCUUAGAGGGAUGAGAGUCAAAGACCCUGCAAUCUCACGGCGAUCUACCGGUCUAAUCCGUCGGAAAAUCACGGCUCGUAGUGUUGACCGAUUCGCAGUCACUAACACAGAGAAGGGAUCCUCCCUUCUUCAUUCCAAUCGGCACACCAGGAAAUCGGAGGCGGCAACACUGAUUCGGUCAGGAUCGAAAGAGGACCACCGGAAAUCAACUUCGCUGGACGAGGAGGACCGGUACUACACCACAAGAGGAUCAGUGAUGGGGAUUGAUGAGAACGGCAAGGUUUCAUUGGAUGGAAACAAUGGAGAGGAGAAAGGAUUUGUGUGGCCAAAGCUUUAUAUCAGUUUAUCAAGCAAAGAGAAAGAGGAGGAUUUCAUGGCAAUGAAAGGUUGUAAACCUCCUCAAAGACCCAAAAAGAGGGCCAAAAUCAUCCAAAGAAGUUUGCUUUUGGUGAGUCCUGGGGCUUGGUUGACUGAUAUGUGCCAAGAAAGAUAUGAAAUUAGGGAGAAGAAGAUUACGAAGAAGAGACCAAGAGGAGGACUGAAGGCCAUGGGGAGCAUGGAAAGUGACUCUGAAUGAGGGAAGGCUCCCCCUCUCACAUCAGGGCAUCUCUUUUUCUUUUUUUUUGGACAUCAUGUUAGAGAAUGAUGGAAGAAUAGUUUCUCUCUAGAGCUUCUUGUAUAGAAGAGCAAACCUUUAUCUUUGCAAAUGAGGGGGAAAAAAGUCCUCUUUCUUCCCCUCUUUCAAGUUUCAAUUCAUAAUUUUACUAAAUUUCCUUCAA